GGGAACCAACGCUGAGAUCCCUCUCUGUGAACUGUGUGUACGAGAACAUAGCUGCAAUGACUUCCAGAAACGGCACUCUCAUCACACACAGCAAUGCGACCUACAUCCCAUCGCCUCUGAUACCGGGGUUUACAGGACAUGUGCCUUCCAUGAAGUUCCUGUAUGGGGACACUUUUGGGAAGGCAAGCAUCAAGUAUUUACAAGAUGUCCGCUGUGCCUCCAUGGCUUCCCAUGCAAGUGAAUAUAGUAAAGGUGGCAUGUUUCCUUGUAUCUACUCGAAUGAUGGGUCUCUGAUCACAGUGCAUCGCUCACACAACAGAUACCCAGCUUUCUGUCCAACCUACUGGGCACGCUACAAUGUGGAUUUCAAACGACAAGGAGAGAUAAAGCUUUUUAAUCAGCUGGCACAGAAACACAGGGAGCACUACAAAGAUAAGACUGGCACACGACACCCUGUGAGUUUCUUCAUAAUGAAAGUGACGGAGAAUAAGAAGUAUUUAUGAGCCCUCGUGUAAGACAAGUUUUGCAUUUGCUGGCAGAAAUGUGUGUGUAUUUAGUGACAUAAUGGAAAAGGUGAUGGAAAGGGACCUGGAGGGGUUUAAUGGGGUGAAACUAAACUGCAUGGUCAAAAGUAUGUGGACAUCUGAGCUUGAUAGACAUCCUAUUCAAAAAUCUCUUUAUGGUUAUAACAUUCUAUACUCUUCUGGGAUGGCUUUCUACAAGAUGUUACAGUAUGUCUAUGGGAUGUCAUGCUGAUUUAGUCAAAGAAGUACUUUGGAGAUCAAGCACAAUUAAUGUUUCAGUUCAUCACAAAAGUGUUCAUUGGGGUUGAGGUAUAUAAUUGUCUACAAUGUCUUUGUAUGGCAUCCAUCACUCUGCCAGCAUGGUUUCAUCAUGCCAAAGAACACAUUUGUACUUCUCCAGAGUUCAGUGGUGGUGUGGUUUGCUUCAUUUCAGUCAAUGCUCAACAUUUCUUGUGUACAGCUGCUCAGCUGUGGAAACCCAAUUCAUAAAGCUCCUGUUGGACUGUACUGUUGAUUCCAGAAGCUGUUUGUAACUCCUUAGUGAGUGAUGCAAUAGAGGAGAGGUGAUUUAGUUCACACUGUGCUCUGCAGCGCUCAGCAGCCCCUGCUUUGUUAGUGGUCUGCAGCUUUGUGGAUGUCGCUUUGGGACUGACUUGUUGAUGAUACAAGCUGUUUCCAUUUCACAAUCAUUUCAUAAAAAGUGUUGAAACUAGGCAGACAUUUCAUGAAAUGACUUGUGAUAGAGAUUCCAUCUCUAUGACGGUGCUACAUCAGUGAGCUCUAAAGUACGACCCAUUCUACUGCCAGUGUUUUUCUAUAGAGACUGCAUAGCUAUGUGCUUGAUUUUAAGCACCAGUUAACAAUGUAUGUGGCUGAAACACAUGAACUGUUUUAUUAAGUGGUGUAUUCACAUACUUUUGGCCAUAUAGGUUAGGAUAUAUUGCCCACAAACGUCACUAACAUGCAUGUUUUCUUGUUUUUUUCUACGUUUAUAAAAGUUCGUUAAUGUUUUCUGUCUAUAUAUUUAGUAAUAAUUAGAUUUCCUCCUUUUAUGCUUAAUUUAUGUCAGAUUU